CCAAAGCCCAUCGGUCUUUAUUCGGGGUUUAUAGGGGGCGGGCAAGCACGCUGCUCUGUUCUCCAGAUGCUCCGAGACUGCGAUACGUUGAAGAGUUGAGGCAUAUCAGUUUGUUGCAAGGACUAGUAAGGACAGGUCGACACAGAAUUGCGCGCAGGAUGUACGACGUGAAGAUCUGCACAUGGACACCAGUGGAUUUUUACAAAUGUUGGAUUAAUAUGACCACUUCGCUGCAUUACCACCAGGCUUUACAAUUUGGGAAUAUUUAACACACGAAAUAAGGAUCUUUUCCCAUAUGCCGGCGAGAAUCAUGUUUUACAAAAUCCUUGCUGUGCUUUUCUUACAAGGAGUCUUGAGGUGUGAUGCUUGGGUCAUAUCCGAGGUCAGCCCCGGAGGUGUCUCGGGGUCCAACACGGGGCAGUUGAACUCCGGCGGAGUCGCGGCUCGAAAGAAUUCUGACGCGACGGAACCAAAGUCCAGAUCGAAGCGCUGCACCUGUUAUUCCUACAAGGAUAAAGAGUGCAUCUAUUACUGCCAUCUGGACAUCAUCUGGAUCAAUACUCCCGAGCGCACGGUACCCUAUGGAAUGUCGAGCUACCAAGGAUCCCAGCGAAUCCGACGUGCUGUUGCUGGACGACCGAGUGAGCACCAGCAAAGAGACACUCAGCGCUGCCUGUGUGCUUCUCUGGAUGAAGACCCAGAGUGCCAUCUUUUUUGUCAGUCAAGCUCUCUGCAGACUGGGCCAAAACCGAGUCUUCACAGAGUCCCAAGGCCUGGCUGACAGUUGGACACUUCCUCAUCUUGCGCUAUUUUCUUCAGGGAGCGGAUCCAUCCCUCAUCUUCAGCCCAUCAUUCUCUGCUUGGCACACUUGCUUCCACAGGUACACUCCCAUUCAAGGAAAGAACUUUGGAGAUUGACACUGCCGACAUUCCUAGGCAUCAUAAUUCUGGGAGCAAGUUCCAUCAGGCCGCGUGCUUUUAAGAACACUUCAGCAAAUUCGAUACAGUUCCCUGGAGGCUAAUCUCUUUUGACUUCUCUCCUGAUGAGCAAAAGGAUUGCUUUCACCUUGAAAAUCCCGUGUGACCUUAUUGCCGUGCUUGAUCAGACUCCCUCUUUGUAUUCAUAUUACGUAAAUAACAUAUCUGCUAACAUAUUGUGGAUCUGAGUUUCUUUCAAAGCAAUGAGGUGAGCUGUAAAUGUUCAAUAAGCCAUGGACAACAUUUCUACAUGGAUGUUGGUCAACAACAUUUUGAGUUGUGGUUGAAAGUACUUAAGCACGAUGCAAUUUUAGAACUCAUAAUAAUGAAUAAUAAUAAAUACUGAGGAACUCUUCUACUUUGUAUAAUGAUGUUUUUCCUGAUGUUAUGUUUAAAAUUAAGGUCUCAUUUUGUACAUAUUUUUAACAGAAUAAUAUAAAGGUAUAUGAAUAUUAUUAAUUAUGUAAACUUUACUCUGUUCUCUGUUACACUAACCUUAACCCAAGAGAAAUGUGAUAUUAUUUGACUUAGGUCCAUCUUGUAACAGAGCUCUAUUUUGAGCAACAAUUGGGCAAGCAAGAAAUGAGAAUCAAUACUGACAAUGUGGGCUGGAGGAAUGACUACGUAUGGUUGAAAAACAAUGUAGUCACAACCCGUGUCAGGGUCAUGCCUAAAUGUCUCGGAGCCAAAUAUUUAAUUACUUUUCCCUUCAGGAAUGAUUUAUGAUCAUGAUGUACUGCUUGAAUCUUUUUAUUAGAAAUGGAAUGAAUGACUGACAUCGAUGGGGAGGUGAUGAUAGAACGUGAUGCUCAGUUUCAAUUAGAGGAUAGAGUUUUUCAAUAAUGAGAGAAACAUGGAAUAACACCAGUGAGAGUUUGUAUGUGCAAUGUGUGUUGAAUUAUUGGAGGGCAUUAUUAAUAAAUGACAAAACACCUCGAUCGAGAUGGAAUCUUUAUCGCAGGUGAAAAAAUGUGUUCCCCACGGCCUCAGCAGACUGUGGUUGAACUUUCGUAUGGAGCUUAUUCACAGAGGGAAGUCAGUAAUAUAGAGUGAGAGUCAAAUGGCAACAUUUCCUUUAGCCUCUGGGGCUAGACCUUUUCUUGCCCGACCAAUAAUUACUAGUAGGUCCCACUCGACCACUUGUGCAAGUAGCCUCUUGACAUAUACGAAGCAAACACUAUUUGCUUGUUUGUCUUGCAUACCUUAGUUCCUACAAGUCUUUAUGUUGUUGGUAUAUUUGUGCUGGGUACGAUAAUAGUGUCAUGAUGUAGUCAACUGGAGAGAGGAAAGGAACACUAACUUUAGUGGGACCUGAAGCUAAUACUGGGGUUACAGUGUUGUGUAUUUAUGAUAAUUUACAAAUGUCUUUUUUAAGGUUCCAUCUAAACUUUUGGUAAAUCAUUCAGUGUAAUUCAAAGAGCUUUAUAAUUAAAAACAAAGCAAACAAAGUA